CGGGUCAUGCCUUUUCAAAAUAACUACCCAAAGUUUGCCAACAGGAAUGAAUGCAGAUGUAAGUCGAGAAAAGAAGAAGUCGAUCUACGAUAACUAACAGCAUAAAAGUUCGUCAUGAGGAGCUGGUGGACGCGCCUAAGUGUUUUAAGCGCAGCUGGUCUUGGCUCGACCUUCUGGUGGCAGAAGAAAACUGAGCCUGUCCAGACAGAUUUGGAUUCGAGCAAAACUUCUCCAAGCUCUGGCCAGUCCUCGUCUCAGUACGAGCUUAAACUUGUCCAAGUUUUGUUCAGGCAUGGAGCGAGAACACCAUUGAAAUCUAUACCGGAUGUUUUGGAGGCACAGUGGGUUCCUGAGCUGCUGGAGGUUCCAGCUCACACCAAAAUCGAUUAUGUGGUUACAGAUCUACAGGGUGGCCCUCGACCCCCUGCACCAGUGGAGGACGGCUACAGAGCCAAAACACUGACAGGUGGUACAUAUCCAGGUCAGCUGACCACAAUGGGCAUGCAGCAGAUGUAUGAUCUUGGCGUGAGACUGAGGAAACAAUACAUACAGGAUGUGGCCUUCCUCACCCCUUCCUUCAACCAUAAAGAAGUUUACAUUCGUUCAACCAACAUUGUUCGCACCAUUGAAUCAGCCAAGUGCCUGGUGGCAGGGCUCUUCCAGCAGAAACAGACAGACAUUGUGCCUAUCUUCACAGUGGAAGCAGAGAGAGAAGUCUUCUACCCAAACUACUAUGGAUGCAAACUGCUGAAACUGCGCAGUGGUUAUCGCUGGGCAGAGUCGUCUACGUUGCCGGACAUUGCUUCAGAUCUUCGAAGCAUUCAAAGCGCGCUGGGCAUCCAGUCUCACCAGCGCCUCGAUUUCAUCCUCAUCAGAGAUGACAUGGUGGCCAGAGAGACUCAUGGUUUGCCAUGUCCUGCAGUGCUGGACAGCUGGAGGGCCAGAGUAGAGCAGAGAGCUGUGGACAUGAUCUAUCACAUCUUUGAUCCCAGUAACAGGGAGAUUCUACAGCUGUGUGUUGGUCCUUUCCUCCACAUACUCCUCAGCAACAUGGAGAUGAAAGUGCAGGGUAGUGCCUUGGAUGAAGACAGGAAGCUGUUCCUGUACUCGGUGCAUGAUACCACGCUGAUGCCGUGCUUGAUGGCGCUGGGUGUGUUUGAUAUGAGAUGGCCACCGUAUGCUGCUGACAUCACCCUGGAGCUGCACCAGCACCGGCAGACCAAGCAGUAUUAUGUCAAAAUCUCUUACAUCGGUCAGGAUCAGAAGAUUCCUGGCUGUAGUGAUGUUUACUGUCCACUGGGAGAGUUCAAGCAGGCACUGGCCAUGUAUGCCCUGCCCGAGGAGAGCUAUCAUACCCUCUGCAACAGCAAACAAGACGUCCCCGACCAGUCACCUCGCACCACCUCUCGCCUCUGAGAGCACAUCAGCGUCCACCACACAUCUGCUCUGCUUAUGCAUAUAACUUUGUUUAAUUUCCAGUUUACAUACACAAAGAGGAGUCAAUCCUCAUUUUUUAAAGUCUUCAUUUUAUAUUGUUCCAUGUUAUAUUGCUCCUUUCUAUCAGUGGCAGACAGAGUGAUGCAUUUUAGUUUAGGACAGUCAGUGAUCAGCAAUGAUCAGCAUUUAUGAACGCAGAAGAAAAAGGACAAACAGACAUGUUCUAAUUUGAAGAGCAGUCCCUUUAGCUUUUCCAUUUACAGUGAUUUUCAUCAUGUUUCCAUAGACAAUAACGAUUUGCUAGAAAGACCUCAUCACAGGCCUGAAAGGGAAAUGGCUUCAAAAGUGAACUUUAUUUAUUGUUAUAAUGUAAUCAGCAGUCUCUCACUGGUGAGCACACAGUAUUUCAUGUAUAUUUGACUGUCCAUGUACAAGGAAUCACUGUGUGUUGUGAAUGUGUGCAUCAUGUACUCCCCUCUGUAGGGGGCAUUUUACUGCACUGCUAGUGCAUGUGUGCCUGUGUUGUGAAAGAUAACUUGGAUGCGUUACAUACUUUAUUGCUGUGUAGAAUGAGCUUUUUUUCUGAUGUGUUUUAAGAGCUGUUGAAGGAAAGUGUGGACAGACAUGGUGUUAAUGUUCUAAAUACAUGAGUGCAUUCUA